UUUCUUGAGAGCUUCUGCCGGCUUGUCCGAUUCCGCACUCACGACCUCCUUCCGCCUUCGUACUUUACCACACCUCAUCAUUCUUGAUGUUCUCAGUACUGCGGCCAUCUUGCAGAAUUGCAAGAUACCGUCUCCGAGUUCCUGAAGGAUUGCGACAAGGUGAGCGUCGCGCUGACGCGAGAUGUUUUUGGUCGACAAGCAGCGACGCGGAGGAGAAGCUGCCCAAAAAGGUCAUAUUCUCUGGAAUUCAGCCCACAGGCGUGCCGCACCUGGGCAACUACCUGGGAGCUCUUCGACAAUGGGUCAGACUACAGGAUGAAGCAGAGGAGUCGACAAAAUGUAUAUACUCGCUCGUCGACCUCCAUGCCAUCACAAUUCGGCAAGAUCCAGCGCAGCUCCGACAGUGGAAGAAGGAGUCGCUGGCCAUGCUGCUGGCCAUUGGGCUUGACCCCGAGCGCAGCAUCAUCUUUCAUCAAAGCAGCGUCCCAGCGCACUCAGAACUGAUGUGGAUCCUCUCGUGUCAGGCUUCGACAGGUUAUCUGAGUCGCAUGACACAGUGGAAAGACAAGACUUCCAAUGAGAAAGAUGGAAACGAACGAUUGAAGCUCGGCUUGUUUUCCUACCCAGUCCUUCAAGCUGCUGACGUGCUAGUGCAUGGUACGACACAUGUGCCUGUAGGUCACGAUCAAGCACAGCAUCUGGAGUUUGCCCGUGAAGUGGCCAAUGGCUUCAACCAUCAGUACGGCUCCAGCAUUCUCACGCCGCCGGAGACUCUCAUUAGUCCCGCCAAAAGAGUCAUGUCGUUGAGCGACCCAGCAUCAAAAAUGUCAAAGUCACAUCCGAAUCCAAAGUCAAGAAUCUUGCUCACGGAUUCUGAGGAAGCCAUCAAGCAAAAGCUAAAGUCGGCCGUGACUGAUUCAUUAUCAGGAAUAAGCUAUAAUCCUCAAGUUAGACCUGGAGUGAGCAACCUCAUAGACUUGAUUUACUACUCCUCUGGAUACGACACGACAUCAGCUGGCAGUCAGGAGGACUUGGCUAAGGAGAUGGAGAAUCUGAGCUUGCGAAUCGUCAAAGAUCGCGCUGCCGAAGCCGUGAACAGCCUGAUCAAGCCGAUCCGCGAACGAUACGCGGACAUCAUGGAAAACGAUGACCUUGACGCGAUUGCAGAAGCUGGCGCCCUAGAAGCUGCCAAUAAUGCUGAACCCACAAUGAUAGCUGUGCGAAGAGCUGUUGGUCUUUCUUGACCAGACAUUCGACGCAGGAUCAUUCGUGUCCUUCAUAACGCGGGAUUUUGGCCUAGAUUAUGCCCUUGCCAC